AUAUACGCCGUUGAAGGAGCUGAUUUCUGCCAAUGGAGAAAUACGAGAAGUUGGAGAAGGUCGGAGAAGGGACUUAUGGGAAGGUAUACAAGGCAAAGGAGAAGGCCACUGGGCAACUGGUGGCUCUGAAGAAGACGCGUCUGGAAAUGGACGAGGAGGGAAUCCCUCCUACUGCUCUUCGAGAAAUCUCCCUCCUUCAGAUGCUUUCACAGUCCCUCUACAUUGUCCGCCUGCUCUGUGUCGAGCACGUCGACAAGGCUUCAAAAACUGUGGCUGCUGGUUGCCAGCCCAGCACCAAGCCCCUCCUCUACCUGGUCUUUGAGUACCUGGAUACUGACCUUAAGAAGUACAUUGAUUCUCACCGUAAGGGUCCCAACCCCAGGCCUCUUGCUCCUUCACUCAUUCAGAGCUUCCUUUUCCAGCUGUGCAAGGGAGUUGCCCACUGCCAUAGCCACGGCGUCCUCCACCGUGACCUCAAACCCCAGAAUCUUCUUCUCGACCAGCAGAAGGGAAUUCUCAAGAUUGCUGACCUUGGGCUUGGAAGAGCCUUCACUGUCCCUCUCAAGAGCUACACGCAUGAGAUUGUCACCCUUUGGUAUAGAGCGCCUGAGGUUCUGCUGGGAUCCACUCACUACUCCACUGGCGUUGACAUGUGGUCCGUUGGAUGCAUUUUUGCUGAAAUGGUGAGAAGGCAAGCCCUGUUUCCUGGGGAUUCUGAGUUCCAACAGCUCCUUAAUAUAUUCAGGUUGUUGGGUACUCCAAAUGAGGAGCAAUGGCCAGGAGUUACUUCUUUGAGGGACUGGCAUGUCUACCCCCGGUGGGAACCACAAAACUUGGCGCGAGCUGUUCCGUCUCUGGGACCUGAAGGAGUAGAUCUUCUUUCGAAAAUGCUCAAGUAUAACCCUGCUGAGAGAAUCUCUGCAAAGGCAGCACUUGAUCAUCCCUACUUUGACGGCCUGGACAAGUCUCAAUUCUAACCACGUGCUCAUCCACUAGUCACAAGUUCGUGUGCAGAUGUCUCCGUUUGCUAUGUUAUGGGGGUAGUUACCAGAAAAUUUCUCAUGCUGUGCCUAAGGAUCUCUUGAAUCAAUUAGGUGAAAUCGUUUGUCAUCAUCUUGGUGAUCUGGCUGGACAAUUCAAUGCAACUUUCCUUGAGGCUUAGUCUUUACGAGCCAUCACUCUGGUUGAGAGGGACUUGAGAAAUCUUGUUUACCUUCAAGAUUGUAUUAUUUGCUUUAGCUUAUAGUUAUGUAUAACCCCGCUAUUAACCAUGUGAAUGCUUUGUCAUUCUCUCUGUCUUGCCUUUUGUUGUCAAUAAUGACUUAGGCUAAUUCAUCAGAAACACAUGAAAGUGCCAAACUAUUCCAGUCACUUGACAUGAGAUUAG